UUGACUCAAUUGAGUGUUGACAUCAAUACCUAAAGACGAUGGAUCUGUGAUUAAAACGUUAAUUAAUUCACUUCCAUGGAAUUGAUUUGAUUAGAUUAACCAGUGUAACCUUAUCUAAACCAGUGAUUAAUCCCGUUUCCAUUGAGUUAAAGUGUUUUAAACAUCGUUUUAUUGCCUGGUUGUUGUUUUAAUUUUUUCUUCUUCAAUUUCUAUUCUUGUUAUGUUACCUUAAUAAUGAAUCUUUUUGUUUCCAACAAUUGAAUUGGAUUAAUUUCUUAAUUAUUUAUUGUGUAUUAAUCUAAUCAUUUAUAUGUUUAAUUUAUUGUUUCUUAAUUUAAGUGAAUCAACUAUUGACCAUUGAUAUGAUCUUAAAAGAAACACCCAAUUGUAUUUGGAUUGAUUUGGUUGCUCUUCACUUGUUUCUCUAUUAUUAUUAGUCUUUGGUGUUUCUCUUGUAAAAAGAAAAAGAUAAUUGUGAUAAUCCUUUUCCUUCAUCUAUCAUCAUCUCUAUCAUAUUCUACAAUUAUAACUCUAAUCUAAUCUUCUUGAAUCAAGUUUAUCUGAUUAGAGUUAUAAUUUGAUAGAAAUAGACGCUAAAUUAUAACCAUGUCUUCAUCACAAUUUGUCAAUUGGAGAUACAACUACUUGCGCCUAUUUCAACGCCUUUUUUUCACUGGAAAAAUUAGAUUCAUUCUAAUUCUUAUAUUUGUAGGAUUUAUUUUAAUCUAUUUGGUUAAAGCUUUACAAAAUGACGAAACAUCAAUACAUAUGAAUGUAAAUAGCUUUGAAUUUGAAGAUUUGGCCUCUUCAUUGUCAGAGAAUCACAAUUAUGCAGUAUUAAUUGACGCUGGAUCGAGUGGUAGUCGCGUUCAUUUGUACACUUGGCCUCCCAAUUCGGCUGAUAAUCGACGAUUGUUAAAGAUAAAAAUGAUGAAAGAUAAACUUGGAAAGGAUUUGUAUAAAAAGAUCACACCAGGAUUAUCCUCUUUAUCCGCCAAUCCUCAAGAUGCAUAUAAUUAUAUUUAUCCUCUCCUUGAGUUUGCCAAUAAUAAUAUUCCCUCAUUUAAACACCGAGAGACACCGUUGUACAUAUUUGCCACCGCGGGGAUGAGAUUAUUACCUAAAGAAUCACAGGAUGCCAUUUUAACCAAUCUUCGAGAUCGAAUUAAAUUAAAUUCAACCUUCUCCUUUAGUCCAUCUAAUGUUCAAGUGAUCACUGGUAAAGAAGAGGGAAUCUAUUCAUGGAUUUCAGUUAAUUAUCUUCUUGGACGUUUCGAUCAUUCCAUUAUUUCCGGAGAAACCAAGUCACUUGUAGCAAUAAAUCUUGGUAAUGGGAUAACAACACGUCCUCGAACUGUUAGUAUGCUUGAAAUGGGUGGUGCAUCUGUUCAAAUUGCUUUCGAAAUUACGUCCAAAUAUGAAUUAGAGGAGAUUCGCCGUCGUCGAGGUGUUAAAAGUCAAGAUGAUAUGAAAGAUGUAAUUGCUCAAUUUAACCUUGGAUGUUAUUCCCAUGAUAGUGACCACAGUUACCUUUUAUAUGUGACCACUUACCUUGGAUUAGGUGCCAAUGUCGCAAAAGAUUCAUAUUUAACCUUCAUAUUAGACCAACAGCUCAAAUUUAACAAAGAGACGCCAGUUAACUUUAAUAGUAAAAGUUCAAUUAAUUCAACAAAUCAAAGUAACAAUUAUCUCCCGUCAUCAGCGUCAUCAGCAGUUCUACCACCUUCAGCAAUCGGAUUAAAUAAACUACCAACACCAGCACCAUCAAUAAUCACCCUUAAAGAUCCUUGUCUAUGCAAAAAUUGUCCCUACACUCGUACGGUGAUCAGUCUAAAUGGUUCACAAUAUAAUUUAAGUCUAAUUGGUACUGGUGAUUUUGAACAUUGCGAGGCAAACCUGCGAAACCUGAUGACACCUAAAUACGAGGUUAAUUCAGUUUGUCGAGAUAAAAACACUACCUGUCCAUUGAAACAAUUAACAGAAACACGAGUUGACUUCACGGAUACAGAGUUUUUCGGCUUCUCUGAAUUCUGGUACUCAAUGGAAGAUGUCCUCAAGAUUGGUGGAAAAUACAAUUACUUUAAUUUUAAAAAAGCGGCCUCCGAAUAUUGUUCAACCGAUUAUGUUACACUUAAAGAUCGUUUCACCAAAAAUCUUUACCCAAACGCUGAUCCAUCUCGAUUAGCCGAUCAAUGUUUCAAGACCGCUUGGAUUAGCACUUUACUUCACAAUGGCUUCCGAAUGCCGAAAACUUUUAAAAACUUUCAAUCAGCUUUGUCAAUUAAAAACAAUCAAGUUCAGUGGACUUUAGGUGCUCUACUUUACCGUAUCGGUGUAAUGUCACCAACCAAUGCGAAAGAGAUUCAAUCACAAUCAGCUGUUGUUCCUGAUUUGUCAACCUUUCACAAUUUAGUGUUCCUAUUUUGUAUGGCCCUUGUCCUGGCUAUUAUUGUGAUCUAUUUGAAGCAUCUUAAUUACAUGAUUAACACUUCAGGUAAAUUAACCCGAUCAAGUGAUAUGUUAAUUAAAACUGAUUUACUCCGUAAGGUAAGAUCUUCGGAUACAAUUGUCUUGAUUGAUCGUAAUGAAUGAUAAUUACAAACUUUCAUUUACUCAUUAAUCAAUAAAUGUCAACCAAACGAUGUUAAUCAAUAACUAUCACAUCAACAAGAAAAAAGAAACAAAUUGUUAUAAUAAAUUGUUCACAAUCAACAACACAAUUAACAAUAACAACCCUCAAAAAAAAACAGUAAAAACUUGAAAUGAUAAUAAAAAAAUAAAAUAAUCUAAUUGUUAUUUAUCGUUAUUAACAA